UGAUUUGAAAUCUGAAUUCAAUUUUAUCAUAUUAAAUUACAACAAACACACAAACAGUUACUUCGCCUUUCAGGAUACUUUGAAUUCUGAAUUGAAAAUAAAAUUUUGUGUUGACACUCAAAUUGUCACACCUUUCAUUUUGAAGUAUAUAUACAUUUUUAAAAUAAUGUUUACCUCUAAAGCUAAUGUCGAAGAUUUUAUAUGGGCCAUAAGACAGAGACAUGAGAAUAAAAGAGUUGAGGAAUUGAGAGCUAGAGCUACCAUAUACGAAGACAGGAAGAAGAGUAUAGACUCAUCCUCAUUCUGGGAAGCUAAGACAAAAAUACUGGCAUCUUUACUACCUGAUGAAGUUCUACAAAAUGUCAACGAUUAUUCACACAAGCACUACAACGCAUGUUUACUCCUUGGAGACGUUUCCGGUUUCACCGAACUGACCGAAAAGUAUAACCAGGCAGGUAAAGGAGGCCCUUCUCGUCUAACCUUGGUCCUCAAUGGAUACAUCGGAGCAUUGGUCCAAGAAAUAAUGUCUUUCGGUGGCGACAUCUUCAAGUUCUCAGGAGACGCCUUCCUGGCACUGUGGAAGUGCAAAGACGAACAACAGAUCAUGAGGGACUACGUCCACCAAGCCCUGGACUGCGCCGUGGUUAUCCAGAAAAAUUACGGUUCUUUCAGGACUGAUAUAGGGACCUAUCUCAGGGUGAAGCUUGCCAUAUCUGCGGGACCGGUGCUGUUCACCCUGAUAGGUAACGAGAAGUACAGCCAUUACAUAGUGAUCGGUAAACCUGUUGCUGACGUUAAGGACGCUGAGCAUCGCACCAAACCUGGGGAGAUUAUCGUCGCGCCUUCUGCGUGGUAUCACGUGAACACCACGGAUUACCUAUCCAUCGAACUCGAAGGAGCCUUUCGGAAGGUUUUGGGAGUGGGGCCCGGAUGGAGACACAUCAAAGGGGACAACAAGUAUUCUUUGAGUUCCCAGCAAUUCGACGAGGAUUUCUCGGACGAUUUGCAGGUUUCAGCGUUGGAUUCGGAGGAGUUAUUCGUGCAGAAGAAAAAUAUGGAAUUCUCACUGAGACCGGUGAUGCACCAGAUCAGGAUCAGCAGGGAUAGUUUGAGGAAGUUCAUUCUACCUCCGGUCAUGAGUUGCAUCGAUCGUAACGAACCCAUAGAGUACCUCACGGAGAUGAGGAGGGCGGUGAUCAUGUUUAUCAAUCUGACCUCGAAGAGAUGCUCCUACGACCAGUUGGCUAUUUUGGUCAACGAGUGCUACAUCGAGAUUUGUAAAAACGUGGAGAAGUUCAAGGGGUGCGUGAACAAGGUCUGCCUCUUCGACAAGGACAUCAUGUUCGUCGUUAUAUUCGGACUGAGAGGGUUCAAGCACGAUUUGGAGUGUCAGUACGCCCUGAAGUGCGCCUCGGUCACCUUCGAGUUCCUCAACAACCAUAAGUCGGUCAAAACUGCCUCCAUAGCUUGCACCACCGGGAAAACCUACUGCGGCAUCGUGGGACACACCCUGAGGAGGGAGUACACGGUGAUGAGUCUGAUGGUGAACAAGGCGGCCAGGAUCAUGGUCAACUACCCGGACAGGGUGGCAUGCGACAGCUCCACCUUCCAGCACAGCAAGCUGGAGGCCAAGUAUUUCCUCCUGCAGGUGUACAAGCCGCUCAAGGGCAUAUCGAACCCCGGCCCGAUCUACGAGUAUCUGGAAUCGGACACCAAAACGGCUGAACAGGCCAGCGUGGCCGUCAAUUUCUACCCCAUACUGGGCAGGGACGAGGAGGUGAACAUGUACCUGAGCAACAUGCAGAUCUUCAUCGUGAACGCCAGGAACAUAACGGACAAACUGCCGACCUACAAGAGGAUGAUGGUGAUCAGGGGCUGGCCGAGGCAGGGCAAGACGAGGCUGUUGGAGGAGUUCCUGUUCCAGAGCGAUCCGGGUAUACCCGUCACAAGGUUACUGCUGGACGAGAACGACUACAAGGUCGACUACAGUACGGUGAGAAGCAUACUGUACUCCAUGCUGGGUUUCAACAAUCUGACCCCGUUGGAGGACAUCAAGGAGAAGCUGAUGAACCUCGUGGGCUCCUACAACAAAGAACACUUGAGCUGCCUCAACGACAUCCUCAAGGUGGACUUUGAGGUGUCCGAAGAGUUCGCUUCGAUGUCCAACAAAGACAGGGAGAUAUCCAGGGGGAAGAUGCUGAAGAAUCUGUGUUACGCGUGCCUGCCCUCGGUGUGGAUAGUGGCGGUGGACAAGUCCAAGCACAUCGACGUGCUCUCCUGGAAGGUGUUGCCGGCCAUGCUGGCAUGCAGGUACAUAUUCUUCGUGAUCACCCAGGACGCGUUCUUCGUGCCCGGUCUGUGGGUCAGGCGCGUACUGGCCCACAAGAACGUGCAGGUGCUGCAGCUCAACAACAUCCCCAAGCUGUACCACGCCGGCAUGGCCUGUCAGAUCUUGAACGUGCACGCCAUCUCGGCCGAUCUGGAGAACCUCCUGCAGACCAAGAGCAACGGCAACCCCGGGUGGAUGGAGACGGUUCUGAUAAGUCUGAAACAGUCCCACAACGUCUUCAUAAGAAACGCGGAUUUCAGGACCAUCAACGAGUACGGAUUGGUGGCGCCACCUCUCUACAUGAUGCGGAGGAUGUCCCAAGAAUGCAAGAUGAAAUGGAAGGGGGUCAUGGAAGAGACGACGACCAAAAACGACAAGAUAAUCGACAGAUGGGGCAUUUUCAUCGAUACCUGCAGGGACGAGUUCCUCGACAUCGUGGUGCGGGAGAAGAUACACCAGGUCUUCUCCGAGGACAGGUUCUUGCCGGUCUGUUUCCUGAACCCGAAAUGCGAGUUGAACAACAUCGACGCCGAGCUCUCGAAGGAGGGUCAUCUGAUCAUGACGUUCGACUCGCUGACCUACCAGGAACAGCUGCUGCUCAAGUUCAGCUCGGUGCUGGGCGACAGCUUCACCAGGAGUCUGCUCAUGUACGUCAUGCAGACGGACGGGACGGCCAGGGAGACGGCCGAAGUCGUGAAGAUUCUUUUCGAGAAGAGGGUGCUCUGUUGCGCCAAAGGGGACUUUAGCGAGGGCGGAAACUACCUGCUGAUCAGGGAUAAGAUGCUGGAUCCAAGCAAGGACCACAAGAUCAAGUGUUACUGCGUGGGGAUUUAUAUUUGCGACGACGUGAAGGAUCUUCCCAAGUACGCCUCUUGCGGUUACAUACGCUUCAUAUCGUCCAGGUUCAGACAGACCACGUACAACCUGCUGACCGACGCCCAGAAGAAGAUGUUCCACGCCAGGGCCGUCAAGUACCUGCUGAGGGAGACCAAAAAGUGCACCUCUUGCGGCGGGGCCUUCUUCGACCUCGCCGGUUACUGUCUGGUCGAAGAGAACAAGGUCAAGCAGAAGCACUCGAUGCGGAAGUCCGUGUCCUCGCUGGACAUCUCGGAGAACUCGAUCAGCCUCUACGGCGGAUCGAUGUUCUCCGGUUAUACCGAGAGAUCCGAGCACACGACCAUCUCGUCGUACGGCAAACGCAGCAACAUGCUGGGCAGAUCGUUCGGUUUCAGAUCGAUGGGGAUGGGACCGUCGAUGGGCACCUCCCUGGGACACGCGCUCGCGCCCUCGUUGGAGGAGAGCGAGGAGGGUUCAUUCUACGCGCAAUACUUCGGCAUCCUGAACCCGUUCAAGGUGCUCCAGUACAAGGACAACUACUCGCUGACGAAGCCCUUCACCAGGGCGGAUUUCCAGACCUGUUACUGUCACCUGAUACUCACGUUCUUCUACAACCAGUUGGUGCGUCAUUACAGGGGCGCCGGACAAUGGAAGGAGAUGAUCGAUUCGAUGAUCGAGUACUCGAAGAUCUGCGUGGUCGAGAGGAAUUUCGCCGAAGGACUGAAUUGCGUCAGGAGCGCCCUUGACUUUUUAGCGACUUCAGGAGAGAACAUAGGGGAGCCCAACUGGAGGAUACCUGUCUACGAGGGUAAACUCUACAUCUGGUACGGAGCGAUUUUGCUGUCGCAGGACCAGAAAGGGGAGGCCCUGAAGACCCUCUACCUUUCCAUGACGAAAUUCGGCUACCCUUUCCCCAAGAGCAAGAUCUCCCUCCACCUCAGGCUGUGGCUGAAGAAGCUCAAACAGAGACUACGCAUGUACCUCUUCCCCGACAACUUCGUGAUGAGGGGCCUCAGCAAGCAGGACAACGACGUCGUCGACAGCAUCUCCUGCUGUCUGAACAAGAUGUUCGGCAUCUUCCUGCAACAGAGGAACCUGAAGAAGGCCGAACUGACGGCGGUGUGGAGCCUCACCAGGGCCCUGGAGGCCGGCAAGAACCUGUUCCAGGUGUGCGGCGCCUUCAGCAACAUGAUACUGAUCGCCAACUACAAGAAGAACAAGUUUUGGGGCGUCGUGUUGGAGGUGCACGCCCUGCGGUUCUGUCACAAGAAGAAGUACGGGAUAGAUCCGCCGGAACUGAAGGCCAUCAUCAAGCUGUACAACAUCAUCUUCGAAACGAGGUUAGCGAGGGCGGAAUACGACGAAUCCCUCCAGAUAGGUUACAUCCUGUCCAGGCUGACGAUAGCGGUGAACGACAUCCCGGCCACCAUCAGGGUCUUCUCCAGGAUCAUGCUCAUGCUGCUCGUCAAGCUCUAUCUCUCCGAGUGCAUCACGAUCAUGCAGGAACUCUCCUAUCACAUUACGGAGACUGACGAUCCCGAAGGAAGAUCCGAGUACUACGCCAGCGCCUUGCUGUUCCACAUCGAGACCGGAUACAACUUCAUCCCGUUCAGGGACGUCGAGAAGUAUUACAAGGGGGAGUUCAUACUGACGUCCCGCAUAUCGCAGAGGAAGUUCCUGAUACUUCUCAGGGCCUGGUUCUGUCGUACCAACCAAUGGGAGAGGGCGAAGAUAGCGAGUAAACAGCUGAUGCUCGUCAAUCCGACGAGGGACUUGACGGAACUGACGAUACACAUGAGCAGCUGUCUCCAGAUGCUCUACGAGGUGGAGUACGAACUGAUGAAGCUCGUCUACAUGAUAAACAAGAGGAACAUCUACGGUCAGACGAAGACAAAGGAGAAGAUCGCCUACUACUGGAAGUAUCUGGAAGAGAGGAUGGACGUCGUGCCUCUGGUCAAGCCCAGGAUGUAUCUGCUGAAGUCCUACGAGGCGGUGAUAUACAACAACGAACAUAGGAUGAACAGGUGCGUAAGAAAGGGGAGAAAGUUCGCAGUGAAGCAGGAGAAUAUGCUGAUGAAGAAAAGUAUUGAUUUUCUAGAAGCGUUUUGGCAAGAGAAGGUCUCGGAUGAAGAUGCUGAACUAUGGAUGAAACACUCGGAACCCGAUAAUUAUAUGGAAUACAAUCAGCUUAACCAUGCGGAUAACAUAAUGUGUUUUCCCUUCGAACCACCGAUGUUUUAUUGAUGGAUUGAUUGUUCUGAAUUUUA